CUUUCGUCAUUAUUUAUUUUAAUUCAUAUACAAAUAGGAGGUAUUAUGUUUAUCGUUUAAUAUCUUGUUGAAUCACAUUAUUGUGGGAUAUAAUUAUCUAAUGUACACGUUUGUAAUGCUAUAGAUAAUAAACGUAGGUUUUCUGGGGAUUGUGCAAUUGAUGAUUGAUAUGCUUUUAGAAUAUCAGGUGUCAAGGAACUUUCUGGAAGAUGUAAAAUGCAUUAAUUAAACUAUUGGAGAUUACAAUUAUCUUUUAAAAAUUAGAUUUCCUAAUUAAUAAAAUCAAGUUACUAAAAGAAACGGAUGUCUUCAAAUUGACUAAUUUUAAUUGAAUCGAUUUAAAACAUCGAUUUCACUUCACUAAUUUCAAAUCUAUGUCGUCAAAAUGCCUGGAAAAAAUAAGAGGGAAAUCGAUGUUGAACAUACAAUGGAAAAAUUCGGUUUAUACCAAGUGGUGCAAUAUUUCUUAAUUUGCCUGCCUCCGAUGUUUAUCACCAUGUAUAACGUAAACUACAUUUUCGUCGUUGGUGAGGUUAAUUAUCGUUGCCGUAUUCCAGAAUGUGAUACAUCCACCGGGUAUCCGGAGUACAAACCGUCUUGGUGGCCGGAUAAACAUAUAGACAGAUGCAAAAAGCCGAAGUUCACUGGAGGUGCUUGCACAAAACAGAGUUUCUCUGACGAUUUAGAAGAGUGCACGGAUUGGGUCUAUGAAACCAACGAGACAGUAAUAACAGAGUUAGAUCUCGCGUGUCAUCCAUGGAAGUCAAAUAUGAUCGGGGCAGUCCAUAAUGUUGGUUUGUCGAUAGCGUGGCUCGCUUCUGGAUAUCUCGCUGAUAGGUUCGGUCGCAAGCCUACGUUGAUUCUGUGCGGUAUUUUUGGUGGUAUUGGAAUCUUCAAAGUCUUUACAACCUCCUACAUUGUAUAUAUUAUACUAGAAUUUUUGGAAGGAACUAUCGGUGGUGGCACCUAUACUUCUGCUAUGGUACUAAUGAUAGAAAUUGGAGGAGUUGAUAACAGAGUUCUUGCCGGUGUUAUAUUCUCAUAUGCUGUCUACUUGGGAGAGACCUUGUUCGCGCUAGUUGCAAUGUUCCUACCUUAUUGGAAAACACUUGUGUUGAUAAUUUACAGUCCAGUUAUUACUUUCGUUUUACUUUUCUUUUUAAUCAAGGAAAGCCCACGAUGGCAAUUGCUAGUGAAUGAAACGGAUAAAGCAAAACACUCAUUACUCCAUAUAGCGAAAGUUAACAAAAUAAAUAUUAAUAAAGACAAAUUGUUGAAUAUGUCACCAGAAAAUUUAAGAAAAGAAUUUAAAAUGGAUACGUACCAAAAAAGGGAGAGUUUUGGAGCAGUUGUCAGAUCUAGUGAGAUGAGAAAGCGUACUCUAGUCGCAGGGUUUUGUAAAUUCACAUCGGGUUUCGUUUAUUACGGCUUGAUGGUGAACUCUGUAUUCUUGCCUGGCAACAAAUACACUAACUUCAUGUUGGCGACAGUCAUGUCGUAUCCAGGAGAGUUCAUGUCUUUAUAUCUUAUGAAUAAAUACGGAAGGAAGUUUCCAUUGAUAUAUGGAUUUUUAUUAUGUGGAGUGCUUUGUUCGGCAUGCGGGGCGGUACCUGAAGAAUACAAAGAUGUUAAAGUGGUUCUAUUCUUGUUGGGCAAGCUGAUAGUAUCAGUGUGUUUCACCGGAGUGAUCACGUAUACCAUGGAGCUGUUCCCGACAAGUGUGAGAGGCACAAUGCUGGGCGUGUGCUCGGUUUGUGCAGGCAUAGGCAGUGUUCUGGCACCACUAACACCGAUACUGAAUGAGGUGUCCAUAAUUCUUCCACCGUUGAUAUUUGGUGCCACCGCGCUCGUAUCUGGGGUUCUUUUGACGCGGACUCCGGAGACCAAGGGCGCUCCCCUCAUGGACACAAUAGAACAAUUGGAUAGAACUUACGGUCAACGUUCGAGUACAAGACGUUAAUCAUCUUCUGUCUUCACCUUUUCCCAGUUAUUUGGUCUCGACCAAGAAGUUAAUCAUGAAUUGAAUAAAAAUUAAUGUAU